UUACAGUCAAACAAUCCAGAGGGAACGGUAGAACAUAGCAGUUUUAGACCACUUUGGCGCCGACUACCAAAGGUCAGCUUGGUUGAGCAAUGAAGGAAUUAUGACAUGAAAAACACCUGCUCUGUGCGUGCGAGGGGGGAGGGACAGGUGAGGCGGAGAUUCUUCAAGAGGCAACUCUGCCGUAGUUGUCAGUCCUUCAUGAGGGGUUCUAUCGUUUAACUACCUGAAGCAAACGGAAGCGCUACAAUGACGUUAUCUAUAGCUGGCCAUUGAAAGAUGGACACGCCUUGUCAGGAAAAAUGUGCACUGUUGAUUUUUUACUUCUGCUUCUACGUAUGCUACAGCCAUUCGGCGGGUGACGGGGUCGUGUAUCCACAAGACCCUUUCAAGUUUGUUGGAGAAUCCCUAGAAUUAUUCUGUAACAUAACAAACAAGGACAUCCGCGAAAACUCCUCCUCGCUCUACUUCAUGCGAUCUAUAACCAGCUAUGCAAGCAAGGAAUACUCUCCUUUUGAAGGCGGGAAAACUCGUAACGAAUACGUCAUGAUCCCAGCACAGAAAACAGAAAUUCUAACAACUAAGUCAAUCUUACUGCGGUUGAAUAAUUUGACCAUCGAUGAUGACGGAGCAUAUGUUUGCUUUCAAAAAAAGUAUGAUUCACACAAGCCGGAUUUUAUUGGAAACCAGAUCGUCAAAAUAGAUUAUAGGCCCAAAAAAGUUGCAAAUAUAGACUGCACUGUAUAUAACUGGGAGAGUAUGAAGUGCACAUGGAAUCUUGGUGUCACUUUCCGACACCCUGAAAAUAUUAAUGUUUCACUUGUUUACACGUACGACCUUCCUGAAACAAACCCCUCUUAUUGUGUUUGUGGUCAUCAGGAAGACUGCCCUCGUAUGACCCCAACAUCUUGUGAGUGGCCUAAGCAAAUCUACUUGCAUGGUCAGCUGUAUUACAUGAAGCUUGAAGUCAAAACAAUAGUAAAAAAUAGAGUACUGGCUGAAGCAGUGUCUGACCAGUUUCGCAUUGAAACUGUUUUAUAUGAAACCUCAGGUGUUCAUUUAUCUGCAACAAAUGUACCUGAUCAUAAGGUUGUAGCACGUUUGAAGCCAGCUCCAGUUAAAGAUUUGAAAGUUGUAACUUCUAACAGCACAUGCAUCCAACUUAAGUGGAAACACUCAUCAAAUCCUGAAAGAAAAAAGUUUUACAAAAUAGUUUAUGGGAUCAAAGGACAAAAUCAGACAUCGAACAUAACAGAAACCAACAUGGAAAAGCUAUUCUGUAACCUUAUUCCAUACACAAGAUAUGAGUUUGAAAUCACUGUGUCACCUGCAUCAGAAGAAAGUUCAGAAACUCCAUCUUCAUAUUACACCAGUGACAAAAACUCUAUAAUUGCUAAUACAUCAGAAGAUGUACCUGGAGCUGCACCUAAAAUUUGUAAUGGCUGUUUUUAUGAAGAUGUGAAUAGAUGCCUAGGAAUAAAAUUUAAGAGAUGCAUUGACAUUUACUGGCAAGAUUUGUCUCCGAGUGAAAAGAAUGGUCUAAUAACACAGUAUAGAAUUAGGACAACAUCCAAAGAAAAAAAACUCAACACAGCUGAACUUCUCAAUGUGUCUAACAUACAUCUCACUUCCAAAGAGUUCAUUCUUCCAGAAAGUGACUUUCCAAUAAACAUCAGUUUGACAGCAGGCACAAAAAAGGGACUAUCGCUACAUUCUUCAGAAUUAGUUAUUCCAUCAAGACUAAAAAAGCCCAAACCCCCACAGAGUUUUCUAGUAGAGGUGGACAACAAAGAUGAAAAACUCAAAUAUUACCUCAGCUGGGCGGCUUUGGACAUGAGUAAAAGAACAGGAUCACCUUAUUUCAGCAUAACUGUUGUGUGGUGUGAGGGCAGAAACAACAAGUGUAAAGGUGAUAUAAAUUGGAAAAUUCUGACUCCUGACAGAGUUACCUGUGUGCUAGGAGCUGACAUUGAAAAAACGAGGUUUAGAGAAAUUUUGAUUGGCAUCACAGCUGAAGUUUACAUAAAUAACUCUGUACUGAGCAGUGGGAUUUUGUGGAAUAAUUGUAUAUACUUCCGGAAUCAGAAGCCUCAAAAACCUCCUACAGUUUAUCUACACAAUUCUGGGUUUGCUGAAAAUAGUUUAAAUGUUACGUGGGAAAAAUUUGACUGCAUUGAAAAUCCAAGUUAUAUCACUGAAUAUUUGGUUAAAUACUGUGCUACAUUUGACGGAAAAAUGUGUCGGGAGUCCGAACAUACCCAAAAUGUUAGUAACAGUAAAACCAAUACAGUAUUAUAUGACUUGAAAGGGAAUACAAAGUACAUGGUGUAUGUCAUAGCAGUGUCUGCAGCAGGACUGGGCAAUGCUAGUCAGCCUUUAAUGCACGAAGUCAAGCUCAUAGCUGCAGAGCAAAGUUUCGGUCAGACUGUUGGAAUUACAAUUGGAAUAAUCGUGAUAUUGUUUUUUAUUCUUGUGCUUUACAUGUUAUGGAAAUAUUGUGUUGGACGAAGGAAAAAAAUUCCAUCUAUAGAAAUAGAACCUUAUGCCCAGACUCAGGUAAAUAACAACCAUGGGUAUAGAGAAAAGCAAGAAGACUUUAACUAUGACAGCUCAUCUGAAGCAAGUACAACACCUCAGGAAUCUCUGUGUUUUAAUCAACUUCAAAAGAAAUGUUUUAAUCCACUACAAAAGAAAUGCCUUGUGAAUGACGACGUAACUAAAAAAUUGCUGACUGCUACGGAAGGUUCUAAAGAGUAUAGCAGUGAGCCUUCGCAUGGGUACACACGUAAAGUCCCACCUAAAGAUUUCACAUCUACUUCUUGUGAAGAAGGAAUAAAGUUUUGUCCUAAAAACAUUUUUCAUCUGCAAAAUGAAAAAUCAGAAGCACUACUAACUAAUUUUGGAGAAGAAAAAUCGGAAUUAUCUAAAUCUAAUUCAGAUAAUAUUGAUGACACUGCUCUAUUGGGAGAACAAAAAUCAGAGAUAUUAAAAUAUAAUGCAGGCAAUAUUGAUGACUCUGGUCUUCUGGAAAAACAAAAAAUUGAAAUAUUGAAAUCUAAUUUGGGCAAUGUUGCUGACUAUAUGAAAUUCUGUCUGCCCCAAGGGCUAUCACCAAAUGGAUUCAUAAAACCAGCAACAGAUUACAUCCCUUUUGAUUCAAAAUCAAGGGACAUUAGUGCUAAAGGUACUCUUCCCUUGAGACACUGUAGUGCACAAGAUAUUCCCAACAGCAGGUUAAUAGAGAGAAACCCACAUUGUUUAACUAAUGAGCACCCAUCCAACAAAAGAAGUGUAAUAAAAGCCAAUUUACCAGUCACAGACUAUGUCAAAAUUUUCCCGCCUGAUUUAUGUGAAACUACACUUUCAGUAGGGCAGGCUGGGUCUAACACCACUGAUUACCUACCGGUUAACAGUUGCAUUCAUUCACACUCACCUCUCAUUAAACCAACUAAUACAUUGUCAACAUCAUCUUUUGACUCAUGUGACCACGUGAUAUAUUCUGACCAAGCAUUACCUUGCGAGGGUAGCAGUAAAAACCCUACUAAUUUUUCCGGUGUUUAUAUAUCAGUCAGCAGCAUUCAAGAUUUUUCAUCUGUACAUUUGUUCACCCCAUCUCAUUGCCAUGAUAGUCCAAUAGUUUGGGAAAAAGCCAAAGAAAUCGGGUCUUACAGAGGGUCAACAAUUCAAUUAGCUAACACUCGACCACUCAGUGGAGUUCUGCUUGACUUGCCGCCUGCAUAUUACUUAGAUCAAAAUCACUACGGUCAUUACAUGACAACAGAAUUAUAAUCGUUCUUGUAUUCAAUUUGUGGUUUAACUUUAAAGAUGAAGUAAUUAAAUAGUACUCACUCAACUAUUUGUAAGUUAUUCUUACUUUUCCUCUUCCAUUUAAAUGCACAAACCAAUUAUUUCAGGUCAAUCUUAAAAUAAAAACUUGACUUCAGAAUAAAAUUUAAAUAAAUCCAAAUAAAAUUCACAAAAAUAUUUUAUUUAAAAUGAUACAUAUUUAACUAUUUAAUAUAAACAUUUAAAUACUAGUAGUACAAUAAGUUACAGAAAGCAAAGAAAUAUGUUUAAAAUUAAUUUUUAAAAUGUGUUUGAAUUGAUUUUGAAUAUUUUAAACAUAAUGCAUCAUCUACUUUCAUAUUUGUAAGUUAAUUCUUUCAAUAUAAAAAUUUAAAAAUGCAUUUUAUUUUUAAAAUGUGCUUUUACGCUUUGUAGCAUAAAGCUACUUAAAUUUUAAAAUAUUUUUUCUCUUAUUUCUGCUUCUUAAUUGUUUAAAACUGUAUGACCAUUUGUUAAUAUAAUUAGGGCUUUUAUUGGUAUGUUACAGAUGGGUUGUGAAUAAAUUGAAGUAUUAGUUUCAUGUAGUUUAUUUUUUGCUUUUCAUUUGUAUGACAGUUUUUAGUACUUUUGAGUUAGCAGUGUUCCAAUAAUCAAAUAGCUGGUGUUGCAACAAAUUUAGGGCUAAGUCAAGUUAGUAUUAUGUUUAGGUUAAAUUAUUAUUAGUAGGCCAAUUUGUGAUUUGAUUUUGAAAUCACUGCUAACAAAAAGUACAAAAUAAUUAUUCCCUGUGCAAUAUGUAUUUAUGUAAUAAUGAACGUUUCAUCCAACAUAUGUUUCUGUUUAAUUGUUUUUGUCAGUGUCUAGUGAUUAAUUGAUUCCACUUUUAUAAAUGUAUGGCUUGAGCUUUAAUUUGAAUUGGUAUGUGAUUGAAAUGACGAUGUCAAUGAUAAACUAUAUAUAAUGUAUAUGCUGUUCUGAUUAUUAUUGACUUU